ACUGUGGCAACUCUGUGUGUUUUCAGCUUAGGGUCACACCGCUAAACCUCACAUUUUCAGCUCGAAAUAUUGUUUCAUUUAUUAAAAAAUUGCAAAGUUGCAGUUUUUAAAGAAUAAAAUUGUAUAUUUAUAAAUUCCAGCUAGAGCCAAACAAUCAAAAUGGAUAAAAACAGCGCUGCCUUGUACAAAAAGAUGCAGACCGAGGUUGAGUCAUACCAGAACCUGCAAAAGUCUUGUGUGAAGAUGGUCAAGCAGCGGGCCCUCCUGGAAAGCCAACUGAACGAAAACAAAUGUGUGCUGGACGAGCUGAACCUUUUGGGGCCGGACAAUAAGGUCUACAAGCUAUUCGGACCGGUGCUGGUCAAGCAGGAGCUGGAGGACUCACGCCAGAACGUGGGAAAGCGCAUUGAAUAUAUCUCAAAGGAGCUCAAGAGUUCCACCGACACACUAGAAAACAUGGAAAAGGACAUGCUGAAACAUCGCGAAGCUGUGACGAAGUACCAGCAGCAGUGGCAGGUCGCGGCGGCGAUGAAGUGAAGCUUCUAAGAUAUAACUUAUUUAUAACUUGAAAACAUAAAAAACUUGGCACAACGGCUUCAAAACAAAGGAAAUAAAUUAAAAAGAAUAAAUAUAAAAGUAAAGCUCUUCAGGCGGAGCCUGAUAA